AUGACUUGCUGUUCAUGCAUGGCUGUUGCUCUAAUAGGUGUUAUCAACCUAGUUAUUCUCGUUGUAAUGGGCGUUGUUGCCUAUUUCUGCUUGGAUAUUAUCAAACAAGUUACAAUUAGCGAAGUUAAAAGCUCAAAGACAUUUUUAUUCUCAGCCGCAGUUAUUGGUGUCAUUGCUCUUACAUGCAUUAUUGGUUUCUUCAUGCUUUGCUGCUACAAGAACCAAUGCUUCAGAACAACUUACGCCGUUUUAUACUUUAUCAUUGUUGUAGCUGAAUGCGCUUUACUUUACUUCAUUUAUAAGACAUACCCAACUCUUUUGCAUGACUUAGAUACAUGGUGGGACAAAAACAAAGGCUCAGUUGAAGUUAAGAAAGUUGAAUCUUCCCUUGAAUGCUGCGGAUUCAUUAAAGAAUAUAAUGAAACGGAAAUGAUGAACUGUGGAUAUACAAGCAAUUCUAGCAGUACCGACACAAAUUCAUCAGAAAACAAGACUGCAAAUGCAGAAACAAAUACAACUGAAACAAACUCAACAGACUCAACAAUUGAAACAUGCUACAACAAGGUUAAUGAUAAGCUCACUAAAUCUAAGAAAGGUUUAAUGAUUGCUGGUAUUGGAAUUGCUGCAGUACAGAUUAUCCUUCUCAUCUACUCUCUUUGGUUUGGAUGCUGCUACAAACCACAUAAGAAAGAUGAAUCUAGCUCAUCAUAUUCUAGUUCUUCAUAUUCUUAA